AGCUAUUCUCGGUCGAUUCCCCGAACAGGUCGCGGCACUUUUUGGAUAGCUGAAAAUUUUUCGCCCCGGAAUCUACACACAUACCGUGUAAUAGUGUAGUAGCAGCAGCAGCAGCAAUUCAGCAGCUCCAUUAUCUCCGAAGCUAGUUAGUCAAUCGCUUGGCGGAUAUCUCGUGAGUGUUUCGCGAACCAAUUCCGGUCGAUUUCGGGUUUGCGAUUAGUGCGGGCUCGCUGAUUUAGUCGAUUAUUUGAACCAGCAGGGUUUUUUUUUCGGUGUGCCUCUUCAGUCGAGGAGCAGCAGCAGCCUAGGCCUGAACCAGGCGGCAACGUACGGGCACCAAUUUAGUAGGUAGUUCGUAUUGCGUUGAACGUUCUUUGUGUGGUGAAAAGCCUCUCGUGUCGUGCCCCUCUCGCCGUCACUCGUCCCUCGUUCGUUCCUCUUCGUGUUGUAACGGGCUGAGUGAGACCUGCUGAGCUUAAAAUCUCGAAAGCGCGGAGCAGAGGAAGCGAAAGUUUGACAAGGAAAUGUGUGAUUAUAAAAAUGUCCUUUAAAUAAGGAUCACUUUAACAGUGAGUGCUCGAAAGUAAAAGAGCUAGUGAAACUCAACCUACUGUACGUUGAAAAUUUCAACAGUUCGGUCCGUAAAAAAGUGAUUGAAAGUGUUCAUUUGAUGAGCAAAAGUAUUGCUCUAAUUAGGUAACUCCGGUAGAAAGUUGAAAAAAAUAUCACUACUGCCCCUCCAGAGAAAAAAAAUAGUUUCGAUCCAUUCCAGUGAAUCACAAAUGCUCAAUUCCCGCAACAAGUUUUAAUUGGAAGAAGUUUUCCGUGAAUGAAAGCAUUCGAUCCCGAUCAAUCGGCCGUGUAGAUAGUGAGUGUGGUUUUGAAGUUUCAACUUCUGCUAACAAGUGUACAUCUCAUCUCAUCUCAUCUGUUUCGAGUGCAUCUGCCUUGCACAGUUUGAAAUCACCGAAGCCAAUUUUUGGUUUUUCAUCUAAGCACCGGAGCAUCGGACGACUUUAAAUCAAACGGAUAUGGGCUGUUUAGGUAGUAAGGACCGUCUCUCGAAAGAGGACAUGGACUUUCUCAAAUCACACACCCGCUACGACGAGUCCACAAUCAAAGAAUGGUACAAAGGGUUCAAGCAAGAUUGUCCAAACGGCAAACUGACGCCGGCCAAGUUCGUAGAUAUGUACAAAAUGUUCUUCCCGUCUGGCAAUGCCGAAGAAUUUUGCGACCACGUUUUCCGGACGUUUGACAUGGACAAAAAUGGUUAUAUUGAUUUUAAGGAAUUUCUGUUAGCAAUCGAUGUCACAUCCAGCGGAACACCGGAGGAGAAGCUAAAGUGGGCGUUUAGGAUGUACGACGUGGACGGCAAUGGCGUCAUAGACAUUCAGGAAAUGACCAAAAUAGUUCAGGCGAUAUACGACAUGCUCGGUGCCUGCUCCUCGAACAAACCGGCCGACUCGGCGGAGGAGCGCGCGAAAAACAUCUUCGCCAAGAUGGACGAAAACAAUGACGGGCAGCUGACGCAGGACGAGUUCCUCAAGGGUUGCCUGCAGGACGAGGAACUGUCGAAGAUGUUGGCACCCUAAUCAGGUUAAGGCAGGAAAGUUUAAAGUAUGAAAAAGUAAGAAAUUUAAAAAAAAAAACAAACCAAAAGUGGAAUGAGACUAGUCGAGACGGAAGAUACAAGUACUAUAACGAUAAAAAAAAACAAAA